AUGCCGCCCGCCAGCCUGCGCGAGGAGUCCGAAGACUCGGCCGGGUGCGGCGACGCGAUCGCUGAUCUAAAAUUGGGGGAAGUUUCGACCGGGGAUGGGUCGCCGGUUGGAGGGGGAGGCGGGGCGGGGGAGGGCAGCGGCACCGGCGGCAGCUGGGAGGCUAGGGAGGACGGAGGAGCGGAAUCGAACAGCCUGGGGUCGAAUGCGCCCCCCGAUGCUAGCCACGGCGUGAGCCCAGCCGGAGGGGGCGGCCGGGAGGGAGCGGCCGUCCGGGACGACCUGCCCAAUUUGUGCCAAGGUCGCUGGCGGGGCGCCCUGCGCCUGGCGUCGCUGGAGGGCGACGGCGCCGACAGCCCCGUGAUCGAGGGCUUCCUGGACUCGUGCGACUCCGGCGCCACGCCGCGGUCGUCAUGGGGCCUGGAAUCCGAUCGCGGCCCGCCGAGCUGCCGGCCGCCGCGGAUGUCGGCCCUGGCGGGCGAAAGGGCCAGGGCAUGGGGCGCGAGGGGCGCGCCCCACACACCCCGAUGCGACAAUCCGCCCCUCAUCGGCUCAUCCCCGUCCUGCAGGGAUCAUCUGGCCAACGGCGGGCCGUCCUCGCGGCUGGGCGACGGGCACGGGAUUGGCCACGGCCGGUUGCAGCGGGCGUCGGCGGAAACGGGGACCGCGGCUGGCGCUCGAGGCAUCGCCGGUGUGGAGGGAUCUACAGUCGCCUCCCCCGCACUCGCGUCGUCGCCGUGGUCGACCGUCGAUGUGCCUGCCGCGCUGCGGAGGAGCACCUCGGGCCCGGGCGGCAGGGCGGGGGAUGGUGAAUUGCAGUUUGAUGAUGCUGCGGGGCGGUUGGCGGGGAUGGAGGGCGCGUCGCCGGGUGCCAGCGGGUCGUGGGGGCCGGGCGGGGGCCCGCUGAGGAGCGGCAGCGUUGUCCGGGCGGAGCUCGUGACCACGGACAGCGGGUGCCUGACGCCGGCGGGCCCAGAGCGGCCCCUGUCCAUCAGGCGGGGUUCAUCAAUGAGGGACGUCUUCGCCAGCCACGAGAGCUUCCUGCACUUCGACGUGGAGGAGCUGGAUGAGCUGCUGAGCCCGUCCCUCGUCCCGGGGGACGGGGGCUGGGGGGAAAUGGGCGCUGGGAAUCCCCCCGCCAAUUCUGUGGAAGGGAGGACUGAUGCGGAGGACGCCAGGGAGGGGUCGGGGGGCACGCUGUGCGAGCGGUACAAGUCGCUUGUGGCCAAGACGGCGGAGCGCCCCAUGCUGGUUCUGAACCUGGGCGGGGUGGCGAGGGCGGACGCCAUGGGCAGCGGGGAGCUGGACAGCGCCCGCAACAACAGGAGCAGGGAGGCCCAGGCGGGCAGGGGGUCGGAGGAGAGCCUGGAGGCCACGGCCGGCGCGGGCGGAGCGCCGCGGAGCAGGCUGCGGGAGGAUCGGCGCGCAAGGGCGCGGUCGGACCCCGCGGUGUUGUCGAAGGAUGGGCGGGGCCUGCGCGGGCGGCAGCAGCGGGGGGACAGCGCGGUCGACACGGCGUUUGCGGGGUGGUCCAAGACGGGCGAGCAGGAGGACAAGGGCCAGGAUGACGAGGGCUACAACCCGGUCAGCUGGCCGGGCAACGGGGUGAAUGUGUACCCGCUGGAGUCCAAGUACGCCAACCCCCUGAGCGACGGCUGGCAGCCCAACUGGGUGGUCCAAUACACGCAGAAUCCGCAGUUCAAGGUGUACGACCCCUCGUUCGGCCUGCCGCCGGUGCGCAGCAUACACAGGAAGAGCAUCUCGGUAUCGGGCACGCUGCCCGAGGGCAGCGUCGUGGGGUCGGAGAUGGGCCUGUUCAGCAAGGAGAAGAGCAGUAGAGGGGGGAGGAUGUGCAGACUGCUGGGCAGGCUGUUUUGGUGCCGCUGUCCAGGAGGAAAGAAGGCGGCAACGACUGGAGGGGACGAAACAGUGUCAAAUUCCAUAUUUUAUGAUGGCGCAGACGAAGAUGAGGCCAAGAGGGCAUCAGCAAGAUUCGCUGGAUAUGCCAGGAGGCAAAAGUUCAUCAUGCGGAUGAUAGAAGAGUCCAGGCAACUUGACUGA